CUACUGACAUUAUGUUUCUCUGUGACAAAUCCCUGUCAAAUUUGUAAGGUGAAUUAAGGUUAGGCACAAAACAUCUGCUAGAUACAGGUCAUGGUGACUCUUGAUGACAUUAAUAUGAGCUGGCAGUGCCUCUGUAAUAUGGUUAACAAUGAUGACAGUUUUUAACCAGCUGACUGUUUGUCUUAUGAGUAGACACCCCUCUACACACUAAGUAUCUCGAGAUAAACGGCUUUUGUCUCGAGCGCAUCACGCACUUUGAUGGGCGCGAGCAGAUUCCUUCUAGAACAUCAGACCGUUGGCUGUUAUUUGACGUCUAAAACAUAACUGCAAAAGAAUGGCUUCAUCAAAGCAUCAUCAUCAUCAAAGUACCGGUGAGCCGUACACGAGGCUGCCACCCCUAACAGUCAAAGUGAUUGGUCUGAAAGAAAGCCCAAAAGUCACUGGCUGGCAUUUCAGUAAUGGAACUGCAAGUCCCAAAGCCGUCCAUAAUAAUUCGACUGCGGCAGUAUGUGACGGGACAAAUGUAUUCAAAUUUGUUAUAUUUGAAAGUUUGGCCUCUCAAAUGAAAGAGGGUAAAACUUAUACAGUUAGAAAUUUUAGAAUAACAACAUUUGGAACCACAAGAACAAUGCUUUCUAGCAAGGAUACGGCAGUAUAUGUAAGUGCGCCCAUCCAGGUCUCUCAGCAGCUGGAGGACGAGGCAAGGCUGCUUCUGGGACCACCCACCACCUUGAUCCCACUGUCCAACGUCAGCCAAUCACAUAUGAUGUAUGUGACAGUGAAGGGAUGGGUAACAGCUAUGGAACCCUUGAAAAAAAUUAAAAAGGAGCAGAAUUUAGCAGUCCCUUUGCAGAUCAUCAAUAUCAAAGAGGAUGAGUCAGAGGUGAAGCUGGCACUCUGGGGAGAGGCUUUGCUCACCCCAGUCUGUAUUGGAUCUCCGGUAGAGAUCAGUCACUUAAGAGGCAACGACUCACAGUCAUAUGGCUUUGCUCUGCACACAUCACCAUUUACUGUGAUUAAGCCUGGAAGUGGGAUCUAUGAGAUCAAGCCAAUAGGUUACAGAACCAUUGGACAAGACCAAGAGGUCCUAGACUCGGAUGACAUUCCACACAUCAUGUCAUCUGACGUGUGGAUAAAAGUCUUCCCAGACAACCCAGAAAUACUACCUUCAGUGAUCCAGCUGAAUUAUGAAAAGGGCAUCGUAAUAGAUAUUCUGAUGCCUGAGGAGUAAUGAUCUUUAUUAUUUUCCCAGUAUUUUUAGUAAAUUAUCUAAUGUAUUUCUUUUUUUAAUCUGUUGUUUAUCUGUAAGUAAUUAGUUAAAGAUAAAAAUGAAAUAAGUUGGAAAAAAAAUCAGUUAAUUAGUUCAUUGUUUUGUGGUGGUUUGUUAUUCCUGAAUGUUUUAAUGAAUGCUUUGCAAACUUUAA